AUGGCUGAAGCUAGGACUCGUCGAAGGCUGAGGUUAGAGUUGAGGCUCGGUCUGAGACCUAAGGCUGAAUCCAAGGCUGAGACUAAGGGUAAGGUUAGAGCUGAUGUAAAUGAACUUAAAAAUUUUUUUUUAAAAUUUUUAAUUGCCAAAUUUACUUUUGAUUAUCUUAACACACAGUAACAAAACUGCGAUUAGCCUUAAAAUACACAAUUGGCUUAUUGCCGGUUUACAACCGUUAAAUCCAAUCUUCAAUGUCAAUGAUUACAAUCCUUUUCCGUUACAUUUUAAUUAAAAAUGGCAUAAAAUCUUUAUACUUCUGAGUAAUUGAAUAAUCCAAUAAAUAUUCUAAUCUGCUUUAACAGUAUUGUUAAUUACAAUCAAAACCCGAUUUCACGGCUUUGAAAGGGCUUUCAGAUAAUAUGCAAAUGUAAUUUUUUAAAGUAAACUCGAUUUUAACACAAGUUAAUAUGGUUGUAAUGGUUGUAGUACGGUUGUAAUGGUUGUAUAAGUGCUACGAAGCAGGUAUACGAUCGUAUUAUGUGAAAUGGGUUGGGAUAUGUGUUUUGGCUUAUUUAUGAACUUUGAUAUGUUGGUUAUGGAUAUUAGGGGCAAAGUAAACAUACAGUAAACUUUGAUCAUUAGAACUAAUGCUAAGACUAUAUUUUUGUCGUAUUUAAUACUAUUAAGUGCCGGCAUAAGCGGGGCACUUUUUAUUUACUGUUCUACUAAAAGUGUCCCGCUACUUUUGGUUUGACUUAAUAUUAUAUUAUACUGUAUUACACGUGCUAUUUUAAUAUUAAACAAAAAUUAUUAAUUUGCGGUGUUCAAAAUGCCUUAAAUUUGCAUAAAACUUCAAUUUUUAACAUCACCAAUUACAGUAACCGAAUAUUUGACAAAAUAUGGCGUUACCAACUUCGUACGCAACGAACCUUCAGACAAUCGCCUCCGGCGGACACUCCUCCGAACCGGCGGAGGCGAUAAUAGCGACUUCAAACAGCGAAGAAGCGCCCAGAAUCAUGUCGCUGGGCGACCUUUCCAAAGAGUACUCAUCGUACAUGAUGCUGACGGUGGGUUUGAAAUUUUAAAAUUUUGACAAGUUUUUUAAUUUUAAUAUUUUUAAAAAUUUGAUUAAAUGUGCCUUCAAAAUUAGGCUUAAAAAAGGCUUAAGCUUAUUAGGCUAAGGCUUAGUAGGCUUAGGCUUAGUAGGCUUAGGCUUAGUAGUAUUAGGCUAAGUAGACUUAGGCUUAGUAGGCUUAGGCUUAGUAGGCUUAGACUUUGUAAGCUUAGGUUUAGUAGGCUUAGGCUUAGUAAGCUUAGGCUUAGGCUUAGUAGGCUUAGGAUUAGUAGGCUUAGACUUUGUAAGCUUAGGUUUAGUUGGCUUAGGCUUAGUAAGCUUAGGCUUAGGCUUAUUAGCCUUAGGAUUAGUAGGCAUAGGCUUAGUAGGCCUACGCUUGCUAGGCUUAGGAGGUUAAGACUCAGUAGUCGUAGGCUUAGCAGGCUUCCGCUUAGUAGGUUUAAACUUAGUAGGCUUAGUUGGCUUAGGCUUAUCAAGCUUAAGCUUAGUAGCCUUAAGCUUAUCAAGCUUAAGCUUAGUAGCUUUAGGCUUUGUAGGCUUAUACUUAGUGGGAGUAGGCUUUGUAGGCUUGGACAUAGCAAGCGUUUUUAUAGUAGGCUUAGGUUUGAUAACCUUAGGUUUAACAUGCUUAAAGCUUAAACUCAUUAAGAUUUUUUUCAGUUGUUUUAGGCUUAGAAAGCCUAACCUCAAUCAUGAAACAAAAGUUGUUUAUUUACGCCUAA